UCAGCACGUACGACCUGUCUGGUGUGUGCCAUUCUUCUACCUUUGCGCUUUGCACUUUGCUCCAGCUCCGGUCCUCAAAUCCUUGAGCAUGUACGUAUAAGAGAGGCCCGCGUGGCCGGCGUCUGGCGUGGGAAGGCGGUCAUGGCGCCUGCCGAGGACGACCAGCAGCCGCUGCACAUGCUCUUCUUCCCCUACCUCAUCCCCGGCCACCUCAUCCCGAUGGCCGACAUCGCCGCGCUCUUCGCGGCUCGCAGCGCCCGGUGCACCAUCCUCACCACGCCCGUGCAAGCUUCCAUCAUCCGCUCCAUCGUCAACCUCCGUUCCCCGCCAAUCGACAUCGUCGUCGUGCCUUUCCCUGAGGUUGGUCUUUCGCCGGGCGCCCAGAGCGGCUCCCGUGGUGACCAUGGCAAGCUCCAGCAGGCGGCGCGGCUGCUCCGGGAGCCAUUCCGGCAGUUCCUCGCCGACCACCACGCCGGCCUCGACGCCGUGGUCUCCGAUAGCUUCUUCCCCUGGUCGCUGGACGUCGCGGCUGAGUAUGGCGUCCCGCGGCUCGCGUUCCUCGGCACCAGCAUGUUCGCCCGGUGCUGCGCCGAAAGCUUGCUGCGCAACCACAACCCCGACGACGACGACGACGACGGGGGUGAUCCCAACGCCGUCUUCUCCGUACCCGGGCUGCCGCACCGCGUGGAGCUGAGGCGGAGCCAGAUGAUGAGGCGCCCGGACCAGUUGGCGUUCGUCAAGGGCAUCUACGCCGCGGACCAGAAAAGCUACGGCGAGCUGGUCAACAGCUUCCACGAGCUCGAGCCGGACUACGUGGAGCACUACCGCACGACGCUCCGCCGCCGCGCGUGGCUCAUCGGGCCGGUGGCACUCGCUAGCGGCAGCAAGGACGAGGCGUCCAGAGGCACCGACGCGCUCUCGCGGGACGCGGACGGCUGCAUCCCCUGGCUCGACGCCAAGCCGGCUGGAUCGGUAGUCUUCGUCGCCUUCGGCACGCUAUCCAGCUUCUCGCCGGAGCAGCUCCCGGAGCUCGCCCGGGGCCUCGACCUCUCCGGAAAGAACUUCGUGUGGGUCAUCCCCGACGCCGACGCAGCAUCGUCGGCCAUAUGGAUGCCGGAAGGCUUCCCGAGGGCUACUCGUGGUUACAUCAUCCGCGGCUGGGCGCCGCAGGUGCUCAUCCUAAACCACCCAGCGGUCGGCUGCUUUCUGACGCACUGCGGGUGGAACUCGACGCUGGAGGCGGCGAGCGCCGGCGUGCCGAUGGUGACGUGGCCGCGCCACGCCGACCAGUUCUUCAACGAGAAGCUGGUCGUGGACGUGCUCGAGGUCGGCGUCAGCGUCGGCGCCAAGGACUACGGGUCGUCCACGGAGACCCAUCGGGUGAUCGGCGCCGAGAUGAUCGGCGACGCCGUCAGGUUAUUGAUGGAGGAGGUCGAAGGUGACGCGAUGCGAAGAAGGGCGAGCGACCUCGGCCUAAAAGCGAGGAGCGCAGUGGAGAAGGGUGGAUCGUCCUACGGUGAUGCUGGACAGCUGCUGGAUGAGCUCAUGGCCCGCCGGAGUCGGUAACCGGGUGGUGGACGGUGAUUCGAUGGUGACGGCUAGUUACUUUUGAGCUUGCCGCACCAUAAAAAUCUUACUUUCAAUAGACAAAUGCAACGUUGGAACGCACCAAGAAUAGCAAAUUGACGUACGAUCCCAUGCUGGAAACGAAAUGCCAAGUUUUUUUUCUUUUCAAGAAGAAAAGAUUAUGUUUCUGCAUUGGCAAUUUAGCAUGAUACCGAAAUAUUUUUUAAGUCAA